GCUGGAAGUCGUUUGUGGGAGAAGGUCCCGCUGCAUCUGCGGCCCGCGCAAGACGCAGACGAUGCACGAUGCGCGGCGCCGCGCGAUGGCCCUGCUUGGUGGCGUUCGCGCAGGUUUGGCCGCUGCUCUGGGGAGGCCUCAUGACCGAUUCGGCUACAUCAUUCAGUGUAUAUGAUUCGCACUGCUCUUCUUUCUCUGGCCUCAGAAGGCAGUUCGGCUCAAGCCGCCGCGUAGUUCAGUUGUCAGAUCAAUCCAACUACCAUCAGGCGUCCAUGACGAAAUUAUGUUCGCUCCUCUUGCUGCGCGCGGCAGUUGACUGCGUCAGUCCCACCAGUGGCGCAGCAGUUGAAAAGCUGGAAGAUGCGCUCUAUACCAGCAUCGACAGUCGAAAGGGAAGUUUGAUGCGGAAAGAGCUUGAGAGCAAUGACGAAACUGCUGGUGCAGAAAAGAGCAAUCUGCUUGUUCAAGUUGAUCACCAUGGGCGCCUCUCUUAUCCUCCAGACAUCCCACUCGACGACGACGGUGACGCGCUCGACCACAACGCUUCGCUGCUCGAAGAGGGGCCGAGCGGCCUCGACGACGACACGGACCCCGGACCGAACCCGCGCGCGAGCUUCGCGGAGGACCAGAGUCUCUGGUGGGCGAGGCGCCGCAGGCGCAGGAGGCUGCCGAGAGGACCACCUGGGCCACGCGGCCCCCCAGGGCCGCGCGGCGGCACGGGGCCCCGCGGCGCCACGGUGCGAGGGGGCACGGGUGCCCGCGGAGCACCAGGGGCCCGGGGAGCCCGGGGCCCCCCUGGAGCCAAGGGGGCCAAGGGGGACACCCCCAAGCCGAUCGACUGCGAGUGGGCCGAGUGGGCGGCCUACUCCGCCUGCACCAAGUCCUGCGGCCCCAGGGAGGAUCCCGGCACCCAGGUCCGGUCUCGCGGCUACAAGGUCUUGCCGCAGAACGGCGGCAAGAUGUGCGAAGGCUCGCAGUUCGAGACCACGAAGUGCAAGGUGAAGGCGUGCCCGACGACCACGACCACCACCACUACCACGGCGGCGGCGAAAUCUGGCUCGGUGCCUCUGCGUGUUAAUUGCCUGGUCACCUUAGCUUUGCUUGCGGCGGCCUCAGUACCCCUGCUGACAUGACAGAGCGGGCCGAUCGGCAGCGCAGGUGCUCUCUCGUGGCUGGUCUGUCUCCUGUUCCUCCGCGCCCUGCUCUGAGGCAGGCCUGGGUCGAGUAUAAAUCGUUCCAGAGCGUUCCAGGGGGCGCCCAGUACAUCAUUCAGACCCGCCAGUUCUCAGAAAUUCCCGAUGUACCCUCGUCCGGACUUAUCCUCAUCCUGCCUUCGUCGUGUGCUAUUGCUCCAGCGCCGUGCCUGGUGCGGCAGCCUCUGUAGUGAGAUUUGCUCGCCAGCCGCGGGCCCGCGGCGCGGAGCAAGUGAUGCACGCCAGCCUCUUUUGUUUUUCCCAACCAUCCUGUGGUGUUGGGUCCUCGUUUUGAAGAGACGGCGCCCCGCGUUCCUCACCUCCUCCUUCUCCUCCCCCCCCUCCCUCCUCCCAUCAUC